AAAUGUGAGAUCGGGAUUGAUGGAGUAAAAAAGAUAGUCGUCCACUCCAUUUAUUAUUCAAGUGACAUUGAGUACAAAUCACUGCCUAGGGGAAGCUAUAAACCAGCGGCAGAGCUCUCGGGACGAUGAUGCGAUGAUACCUCCGGCGGCUUCAUUCCCCGUUUACCCUCACCGGCCCGUCGCCGAUUCAUUCCACAACCGACUCAUUGACAUCGUUAAAAUUGCUCUCAUCAAAAUCUUCGUCUCUCCUUACGCCACAGUUUGUGAAUUGUACUGUGGGAAAGUCCCGAACGAAGAAAAAUGGGAUGAAGCUCACAUUAGCCACUACAUUGGGAUUGAUGUAGCCACUUCCGGAAUGAAUGAGAAAAAGGAAGCAUGGGAGAGUCUGCGCAAGGUUUACACUACUGAGCUGAUUGAGCUUGAUCCUUGCACUGAAGAUUUGAAAACACAUCGUCGGGAUAAAGACAAUGAGGCUGAUAUUGUUUUCUGCAUGCACAAUUUACAGUUGUGCUUUGAAACAGAAGAAAAAACGAGGAAGCUGUUGCAUAAUGUUUCAUCUUUGUUGAAACCUGGUGGUUAUUUUCUUGGUAUCACAACUGACUCAUCUACUAUAUGGGCAAAGUACCAGAAGAAUGUUGAAGCCUGCCACAACAAGGGUAGCGGAAUGAAGCCUAACAUGGUCCCCAAUUGCAUUAGAACUGAGAGUUACACGAUAGCUUUUGAGGUUGAGGAAGAGAAGUUUCCUUUUUUUGGAAUGAAGUAUCAAUUGAAGUUUGCGAAUGAUAUAUCUGCAGAAACACAGUGUCUGGUUCAUUUCCCAAGCUUGAUCAGGUUGGCCAGAGAGGCUGGACUUGAUUAUAUCGAGAUUCAAAACUUGACAGAUUUUUAUGAUGAUUAUAGGGCACAGUUUGUAGGAAUGCUACAAGAUGCCAACCAUACUCUCACAGAUACUAGGGGCAGACUACUCCCUAGAGCCUAUGAUGUUUUAGGCCUUUUCACCACCUUUAUAUUUCAAAAGCCUGAUCCAGACAUUACCCCACCUCUGAUGACUCAAUUCAUAUUAAACAAAGGCUACGAUGAUGAUGAGAUGGAAUGCCAAGGAACUGUGUGGAGAGAUGAUGAGAGGAACGGGCAGCCCGAUCCAUCUCUGGGGUUGGCCAAGAUAAGUGAACAAAAGGGGAUAUUGGGUCCGGGCCCCGCACAAUUUCGUUUCCCCGAAGCACUUUGACUGAGAAACAUCAAGAGGAUUGCUGCUUGCCUCUCUCUCUCUGUACUCUGUAAGCAAGAUUGAAGUAGGAUUGGAAUAUGGCGGAGGACAUAUUUGGAGUAGCAGUGGAAUUCAGGGUUGGUGUUAACGAAGAAUUGCCCUCGAGGGCAUAUCAGGCAUUUCACAAUUUUUUUACGAUGGAAUCCGAUUGCCCCCCUAUAAGAUUUAGUGAUUUAUACAAUACACAAAAGGUCUUCAAGUGUGAUAAGAGUGUUGAAUUCUUAUUCAGCAAACAUUGAGGCUCAAUUUGGUACACAGAAAUUUAGACUGUGGAAUUAGAAUUGGAAACAAAAAUUCUAAUUUUGUUGUUUGGUAAUACAAAAAUAUGUAUAUUUGAAAUUGGUAGUGUCAAAAAUGAAUUGGAAUGGGAGAACUCAAAUUUUACCUAAAUCAAUUCCAUAGAAUUUA